AUGGACGAGCUCGUCGCCGUCGCCCCUCAUGUCGCGGUGGCCGGCGUCCCUCCUCCCUUGAUGCGCCAUGAAGCACGAACGCCGGGGCCACGUUCGACGGGGGAGCGCGCGGGAUUCAUCCUGCUGCACGCUCCUCCGGCGAGCGCAGCCGCCGCGCCGCCAUGGCCGGCGCGCCUCGAGCCGCCGUUGAAUGUCGCCGCCGCUCUCUGUGUCACAGGGUAUGUAGAACUCAAGAAGGAGUAUGAUGUUAAGAUGGAAAAGUGGAAUAAGUCCAACCAUAUUGCGCUUCUCAUCAUGAAAGCGACAAUAUCGCCGGACAUUUCUGAAGCACUCCCCAAGAAAGAUACUGCUAAAGAUUUCCUCACUGAAAUGGAGGAGCAAUUUAAAGGCUCCGACAAAGUGUAUGCUCAUGAGCUUUUUGCUAAACUUCUUCAGAAAUACACUAUUGACGAAAAUGUUAGGCAGCACAUAUUGAGGGUGGUAAAUGCUUUCACCAAGCUUAAGGCUUUGGAGUGUUCUUUAAGUGAAGCCCUUCUUGUCAUAAUUAUUCUUGAGUCUCUUCCUGAAGAGUUUGAACAAUUUAAGGUCAACUAUAACUCUCUAAAGGAAAAAUGGCCACUCUCUGAGAUGACCGCAAGGAUCGUCCAGGAGGAAGAAAGGAUCAUGAGGCAGAAGAAAGACCAUGUCUUUCAUGUUGGCUCUAACAAGAGAAAGCAUGACGGACAAGGUUUCCCUAAGCCUCAGAAAAGGCAAGUCAAGAAAGAAGGCACUAAGCCAUUCAACCCUAAGGCAUUCAAGGGUAAAGAAGCCGGUGGUUCUUCUUCUGCUCCUAGCAGCUCCACUGCUGGAGAAAAUGCUUGUAACUUCUGCAAAGAAGAGGGACACUAUCAAAGGGACUGCCCAGGCUUUCUAAAAUGGAUGAACAAAAGAGGGAUUCGAUACGAUCCAAACCAUAAGAGGAGGAACAAGAAAACUUAAGGUUGCGAACGGAGUUGAGGCCGAUGUUGAAG